GAGAGAGAGAGAGAGAGAGAAUGGCGACAGGAGCGGGCGGAGGAAGCAGAGAAGGAACAGCGAAAGCAACGGUUUCCGAUCAGAUAUCACAAGCUGUUCAAUCCACUUCCAAUCUUCUCCAACUCAUGCAACGAUCCUCUCCUUCUCAGGCCCUCCUUAUAAAGCUUCCAAAGACCCUUUUGGACAAAGCCUCAACUAUCAAGAACACAGGACAGGCGAUAGAUGAAAUGCCUCGCGUAAUUUCUUCAGUGGAUGCAUACAUGGAAAGCGGCUUGCAAAGUGUUCCUCAUCUAAAGACUGUAAUCCAGUUGCUUUCUAACAUGGAAAGCUGCCAGCUCAACUCUGCUUCUCAAGCACAUCGACCUCCUGAGGUAGCCAUUGGAUCCAUAUCCUAUUCUGAAUCUGAGCUUACAAAUGACAACUCAGAGCCGCCUUGCUGAAGAAAGCCUGAAAUGGGGCAACCCAAGUCUUCAAGUUGGGUUGAGGGAGAUGGGAGCCCGAGGAAUAUGCAGAACAAUCACUGCCAUUCAAUGUUGCUACAUGCUGAUACCAUUGGAGACAUAAAAUCAUCUUUGGUAAUUGCACAUGUAAUCCUUUGUAAAUUUCAUUUGUCCCAUUUGUCUAUAUAAUGUCAAUUGCAUGCUCAAUAUCGAAUGCUUUAGGGCUUUUGUUGUUAAAAGAGUAAAUUGUGAGCGGCUGGUGUUUCGUUUCUUUGCACACAAUAAGUGGAUUGCUUGUACAGUUACUUUUAGAAUGCUUUGAAGAUGAGGAUGAUGUUCGACUGUA